ACAGAGUCCUGACCUCAACCCCAUCCAACACCUUUGGGAUGAACUGGAACAGAGAUUGUGAGCCAGGCCUUUUGGCCCAACAUCAGUGUCUGACCUCACAAAUGUUCUACUGCAUGAGGGGGCAAAAAUUCCCUUAGAAAUUCCCACAUCCUUCCUAGAAAAGUGGAAGAUGUUAUGGCUGCAACAGGAGCACCAACUGCAUGUCUAUGCAUUUAGAGUGUGAUGUUAUUAAAGUCCCUGUUGUGGAAUGGUCAGGUGUCCCAGUACUUUUGACCAUAUAGUGCAGCAACAAAUACUAAAGUAAAACUCUGACCUCUAGUCUGUGAUUGUCAUAGAACAAAAAAUGUUGUACCAAAAGUUGUUUUACUCACAUGACAUUUAUUUUCACUCUCAGAAAUGUAUGUAUGAAAAAUGCUCAUUUAUGUCUUUUUCUUUCUUUUUUUCAUACUUGACAUUAUACGUUGCAGCUUUCUGUAUUAAUACAUUUAUACCUUAAAUAUGAAGUGUUUAACACCUGUAGAGCAUGAGAGAAGCUUCAGUGUUCACUAAUACAGCUUCUACAAGUGACUGAGACCUGUGACUGCCAUUAGUGGUCCUAAUCAUGAUAGGAUAUUAAUUUCUUCCAGUAUUUCAAACUGACUGCAUACAUAUAAAAAUCAUUCUUAACACUGGAUACCUUUAUUUCGAUUUGAAUCGAUUUGCCCUUCAGUGAUAGGAGAGAAAGAUGUUCUUAGGGUGAUCACACGGAAUAAAUUAGUCUGAUGUCAUUUUUAUUAACCUAGUUGUUGUUUAUCCUUUUGUUUAAGUGUGAUAAGAUCAGAAAUUAUUGAUUGCCCUCAGUGCUGAUGACAUACUAAUGGUUUAUGCAAAGGCCUACAUAUUCUAGAUUUUUCAUCCACUUAACAAUGAGGCACUAUCAUUGUGCAAUGACGAAAGAGUAAGAUUAGCACAGAAGAGAAACUUUCCUUGUUUCAGUCUGUUUGUUUGAAACAUGUUGGGAUGCUGGCAGUUCAGAGAGACAUCAUGAGCUGAUAAGAGGUUUAAAUGAAAUUUUAUGAACAAUGUAACUGUGUAUUACAUAGUAAUACACUAUGUGUAUUACUCUUACUCAAUGUUACUCAAUGUAACUAUGAACUAUGUUAUGAACUAUGUAAAUUUGAAAAUAACAAAAAGGUUACAUGCAAGUUAUGCUGAGUAUUAUACACCUUGUGAAAAUGAUUAUGUCAUGUGGCUUUUGAGAGAGUGACUCAAGUGACAUUGCCUGGAGAUGAUUCUGAGCCCAAAGAAACAAGAGUCACAACACAACAAGCAUGAGGAAAAACAGGAAAACCAUUAAGAGAUAACUGGCCUGAAGUGGUUACCACAAAACUUGACUGAACUGAACUGAGCUGAAUUAACUGGUCUCUUUAUACAGCAGGUAAGGAGUGGAGUUGAUUGUGGAACAGGUGUGCAGGUGGAGAGGCGGGAAGAAGGAAUAGGUCACCACGCCCAGUUCUAGACAAACACUAAACAGACAAGACAGACAGACAGGAACGAACUCACACUGGGGAGGGGAAACAGGGGAGAACAUCAGGAAAUAUGGGGAGAGUACUAACAGGCACUGACUGUUACAGAUCCUGACUUGCCUGAGCUGAUAUAAGUAGUGCCCCCCUUUAACAACAAACGAAAACUCUUCGGGAUGUUUUUAAAUUUCUUUCGUCAAAACUGCUAAAAGUGAGGGCAGCCUGGCAGCUUUAAAAUCAUAUUUCACCAGUGAGAGAUUAAAAAGCUGUUGAAUUGACUGGGUCAAAACCAGCGAAACACAAGCUGUUUUCCCCGCCCAGAGGAUGUACCAUUAACUUUGGGCUGAAUCUAACAGGGCAGGACAUAAAUAGCAAUCACCAUCUCUCUUCUGUCUUCUUCUUCUCUGGUGGAGACAUGGGGAAAGGAGUCUACGUCAGUAAAGCAGUAGUAGUAACCUGUGUGAUUGCAGCCAUCGGCGCUGUGGCCACCAUCAUAGCUCUGUCUGUGGUUUAUGCUCAGGAGAAGUCAAAGAAUGAAGUGACACUCUCUCCCACCACUACUCUCCCACCAACAACGCCCUCCACGGACAGCACGAGCGUGCCUGCACUCCUCACAACACCCGUUGUUCCCAAGGAGCCCUGGGACCACUACAGACUUCCAGACUCCCUUGUUCCUGUCUCCUACAAUGUGACUCUGUGGCCUCGGCUGGAGCCCAACGCAGAUGGCCUGUACAUAUUCACUGGAAAUUCAGCGGUGGUCUUCAGAUGCAUGAAGGAAACAGACCUCAUCAUCAUCCACUCCAACAAGCUGAACCUCACCACCUACAACGGAUACCAUGCCCAGCUGAAGGGCCUCGAUGGAGCCCCUGCGCCUGACCUGAAAAGCACCUGGCUGGAGAUUCCCACCCAGUACCUGGUGGUCCAGCUCACCAGUCCUCUGCAGGCCGACAGCAUGUACGAGCUCUCCACUGACUUUGUUGGAGAGCUGGCUGACGACCUAGGGGGAUUCUACAGGAGUGAAUAUAUGGAAGAUGGAGUGAAAAAAGUUCUGGCCACGACACAAAUGCAGCCAACAGAUGCCAGGAAAGCUUUCCCCUGCUUCGAUGAGCCAGCCAUGAAAGCUAUCUUCCACAUAACCCUCAUACACUCACGUGACACUGUGGCCCUGUCCAACGGCAUGAAUUACGACCCCGUUAACAUCAUUAUUGAUGGCCAGAAUUUAGUCCAGACAAGCUUUGAACCAACAGAGAUUAUGUCAACCUACUUGCUGGCUUUCGUUGUGUGUGAUUUUGCAUACAACGCGUCUAAACCAGAUGCAGAUGUUUUGAUCAGGAUCUGGGCUCGCAAAAAAGCCAUAGAGGAGGGCCAGGGAAACUAUGCCCUGGAGAAGACUGGACCCAUACUAACAUUCUUUGAGAACUACUACAACUCUUCUUAUCCUCUGAAAAAGUCAGACCAGAUCGCGCUGCCUGACUUUGGUGCGGGAGCCAUGGAGAACUGGGGCCUGAUCACCUACAGAGAAACCGCCCUCUUAUAUAAUCCUGGAGUGUCAUCCAAUGGAGACAAGGAGUGGGUGGCAACAGUCAUCUCGCAUGAGCUUGCUCAUAUGUGGUUUGGGAACUUGGUGACCAUGAGAUGGUGGAAUGACUUGUGGCUCAACGAGGGGUUUGCCACCUACGUCUCUUAUCUUGGAGCCCACUACGCAGAACCAACAUGGAAUAUGAAAGAUUUAAUAGUUCUGAAUGAGAUCACCGGUGUGAUGGGUGUGGAUGCCUUGGCCUCUUCUCAUCCCCUCUCAUCCAAAGAGCAGGACAUAGAGAAACCAGAGGACAUCAGUCAAUUGUUUGACUCCAUCACAUACAGCAAGGGAGCUGCAGUCCUCAGGAUGCUCUCAGAGUUUAUCACUGAGGCCGUCUUUUCCAAAGGACUCCAUACUUACUUAGAGGAGUUCAAGUAUCAGAACACAGUCUACACAGACCUCUGGAGGCACCUGGAAAGGGCAGUGGAUGAAGCUGGCAUAAAACUUCCCCGCAGUUUGGAGCUUAUCAUGAACCGCUGGAUCCUACAGAUGGGUUUCCCAGUGGUCACCAUCAACACCCAGACUGGAAGCAUCACCCAGAAACACUUUUUGUUGGACCCAGACUCUGUAGUGAGCACACCUUCACCAUUCAAUUAUGAGUGGAUUGUCCCAAUUACAUGGAUUAAGGCUGGUGGAGCUGAACAGCAGUACUGGCUUCUUGAAAAAGAGGAAACAGCUACAAACACUGACAUGGCAGUUGGUCCUGAUUGGUUGUUGGCCAACAUAAAUAUGAAGGGCUUCUACAGAGUCAACUAUGACUCUCAAAACUGGGAGCGUCUCCUGACCAAGCUGAGCUCCCAACAUCAGGAUAUUCCACUGAUCAACCGAGCACAAAUUAUCGAUGAUGCUUUUAAUCUCGCAAGGGCAAAGAUGGUGAGCACAACUCUGGCUUUGAGGACUACCAAGUUCCUCAAUAAAGAAGUGGAAUACAUACCCUGGCAGACAGCCAGACGCAACUUGGACUACUUCUUCCUCAUGUUUGACCGCAGUGAAGUGUAUGGACCCAUGCAGGCAUACAUAAAGAAACAGGUCACACCUCUGUUUAACUACUUCAAAGACAUCACUGUCAACUGGACAAAGAUCCCAGAAAACCACACCGACCAGUACAACCAAGUGAAUGCAAUCUCCUUGGCCUGCAGUACUGGUGUGGAGGGCUGUAAGGAGCUGACCACUGGCUGGUUCAGAGAGUGGAUGACAAACCCAGCUAACAACAAAAUUAGUCCCAACUUGAAGUCCACAGUGUACUGCAGUGCAAUUGCAGCAGGAGGAGUGGAAGAGUGGGACUUUGCUUGGUCCAUGUAUAAGAAUGCUACCAUCGCUUCAGAGGCUGAUAAACUCUUGUAUGCUCUGUCCUGCACCAAACAGCCCUGGCUGUUGAACAGGUAUCUGGGGUAUUGUCUGGACCCAGACAUGGUUCGUAAGCAGGAUGCCACCUCCACUAUCAUUUCCAUUGCUAGUAACACUGUUGGUCAGCCUCUGGCAUGGGACUUUGUCAGAGCCAACUGGGACCAUAUUUUCAAUCACUAUGGCAGUGGAUCAUUUUCCUUUGGAGCACUAAUUAAUGGAGUGACCAAACGAUUCUCCUCCGAAUUUGAUUACAAGCAGUUGCUACAGUUUAAAGAAGACCAUGCAGGGCAGUUGGGCUCAGGAGCAGUAUCUCUUGAGCAGGCACUGGAGAGAACCAAGGCCAACAUGAACUGGGUGAACAUAAACAAGGAGCAGGUGCUGGAAUGGUUCACAAAUGAAGCUUCUUCUCCAGUGUAACACUCUCCCCUAUACAGUUUUUAAAUGUAGAUUGUUCUACUGUCAAAUUUAUUAUUAUUCUGAUAGUGAUGGAGCUUUUUUAAAUAUUAAGUUUUGAGCAAGUUUUUUUUUUUUAUGAAGAAAGAUACCAACAUCAGAUUUUGUAAGAGGAAAAUAUAUUUUACUACUGUAAGUACAUUUUGAGAAUAAUUCCACAAUACAAAAGUGUGAUAUUUUGUGUUCAUUAGACUGCAAAUUUUUGCAGCUUCUGUAGAUGCCUGCCAAUGGAGUAAAAGCCAUGUAACAUUUUGUACCUCCAUAUUUAAGAAAAUAUUGAGACCAUCCUGUGCAUUUUACAAAGGUUGUAAGCAAGGUAUGUGUGUCAUGACUGCAGGGACUACAAAGGAAAUAAACAUUGUUUAAAUAUAAAA